AUGGGCCUGGCGUCGUCGGUUAUGCAGUGCUUCGGCCUCACGCGGAAGAUCCUCCAGGACCUCCACAUCGAGGCGGCCAGCCUUCCUGACCCGGACAACUGCGCCCGCUGCAGCGCCGACGUGCGCCACCACCAUGGCCCCUGGAUCGCCCUCUUGGGCGGCUUCGUCAUCGACCCCUACAGCGGCCACGCCCGCCACCUCCCCGACAACUCCAAGACCGUCGGAUCCACCAACGACUGGCUCGCCCUCGGCCUUGGCCAGAAGUACUGCACCACCAACAAAGACGGUGACAACCAGGAGGAGGGGCGGUCGGAACACCACGUCGUGCACAACUAUGUCUUGCACAAUCCUUUCUCAAACAGGUCAUUGCCGCUGACUGAGCUCGAUGCUGUCAUCGUGGAGGAUAGGUCUCUCAUCCGCAAGUUUCUCGUGCGCUCCACGGUCGACGACUUCAUCGCCGUCAUCACCAACAACAGGAAGCAUCCGAUCAUUGUGUUCCAACGAGGGAAAGGCGUGUGGUCGCCCGAGCCAUGGGAAACUCCAUAUAUCUACAUUAUCGAUAUCGCGUUUCUUGGAGAUAAACUAUAUGGCAUAACCAUGGCUGAGGACCUCAUCCCCCUUGACCUCGCAUUGGACGGAGAAGGAAGGCCAAGGGUUACAAUGGGAACACGUGUCAUCAAGCAAUCGCACAACCAUGAUUAUGAUGAUACCACUUUUGAGAAGGAGGGCGACGAUGAUGACGAUGACCAAAAUCAAGACGAGGAAGACGAAGAACACGACAACGAUGCAGAGGAUGAUGAUGAAGAAGAAGACAAUGACUUGACCCAUAUCAAUUGCUCUCUUGAAUUUGAUCAAGACGGUGAACCUGAUGAUAUCCCCAUAAUUAGCCGGCACCUCAUCGAGUCAUGUGGGAAGCUACUCAUGGUAAGACAUCGUCGGUACUUCCAUCCAUACCUCGAUGCAGGACCUACAUGGGUCACUGUCCAGGUGGAUGUAUUUGAAGCAGACUUUAACACACACGCUUGGGUGCCACUGACGGAAGGGCUAGGUGGUGGUCGAGCACUCUUUCUUAGCAUGAAGUUCUCUAAGUCUGUCCCAGCACCUUGUGGAGAGGUGAAGGAAGAUGCAAUUUAUUUUAUGGACACGGGCAAUGUGUUCAACAUGAAGUACGGUACUUCUAACCCGUCAAAGUUUUGUGAGUAUCCAGGAACAACAUGGCUCUUCCCUUCUGAGUUGAUACUUUGA